CCUUUUGUCCAAUCAGCUGAUUUCUGCGAAGGUUUGCUGUCAGGGUCUAACUGCUAUGCUUGAUAAGCAGUCGUGCUAAUUUAGGUUUACUAGUGAAAUACACAGAGGUAGUGCGUGAACCAGCUGUAAUUAACAGUAUACUUUUUUUUAAAUAAACCGCCCCAGUGUAUGUAAACUGUGAGACGAAACACGAUCUUUGGCAAAAAGGGACACAGUCCCUCCCCCCUCCCAACUAUAGACUGUCAGUCUGCUUCCUAGGGCCUUGCCCAUAAAAAUAAAGAGACUGAGAGAGAUGGGUGAAUAUUUGCUGAUCACGGCGUUUGUUGAAUCGAAACGUCGGACGAUUUACUUUUGUUGAUAACAAGUGAAUGAGCAGGUUGGAGAUCCAUUAUUUUUCUUAACGAUAGACAGUUCUUUUGAAACUUGGCAUUUCUUUAAUACUGUACUGCUUAUUGACUCCCAUUUAAGACAACAGUUCAAAUGGAGCCCACCGCUGAGAAACCAAAAGCUUGGGGGAAGCUGACAUUAAUCGGGGGCGCAUGUAUUGAAUCAAAGAUCUUCUUGGUUAACCGAGAGUGGACUGUUGGCCGGAAAAAUGGUUGUGACCUUUCGUUGCCCAGUAAUAAACUGGUGUCUGGAAAUCACUGUAAGAUUAUAGCAGACCAGACUUCAGGACAGGUGUGGUUGGAGGACACCAGCACCAAUGGAACUGUAAUUAACAAGUCAAAGGUGGUGAAGAAGCAGACAUAUCCAUUACAGAGUGGCGAUGUUAUAUACAUUGUUUAUAGGAAGAAUGAACCAGAAAACAUAUUUUAUAGGGUCGAAUGCCAUCUCUUCGCCAUGGAGAAGGAGGGGGUCUCCAAUGGAAUGGCUGUCUACCUGGAAGCGAGUAGUGUUUGGGUUGCCCUCGCAGGAAAUGAAGUGUUGCUGUUACUACUGGAAUAUAUGCUAUCGUUUUGCCGGCAAAGUUACUGUCAAGGAUCUGGAAGUCGUUUUUUGCCGCAGCUCUGUAGUGGCAUUUCGUCCAUUGGAUCGUUGUCAGCCUGGGAUAAUUACCGAGGUUUAGACCGUAUUUAA